CUGUCUAGGGUGCUAUGCUUCAUUCCAACUUAGCUCUUAAUUGUCUUUAAUGGACCAUUUUAACCAUUAUAUUCUAGGACCGAUUGUGAGCACCUUCGCAUGCAGGGCUAUUUACAGCAUCAGUUUGAACUAAUACCUCUGUACGUAACUUAGUAACUAAUACCUGUAAGUAAGCUACAGUAUAUUCAUGUACAAAUUAUUUUUUUACUUGCCGUCAAUUUUAAUUAUUUCCGCGGGAGAACUCUCAUCUUCAUAAUAUUUCACAUCAACUAUGCUUCCUAUUUUGAAAGAUGUGUUUAAUACAUCGGUCCUAUGGACAAUAUCCAAUGUUGGUGGAAUUUCUCUCCAUUCAAUAAGGAUCCACAUAUCUUACUGUAAUAAAUAAAAUAACCUUUUCGGUAGACAUGUAGACACGUUUCUUUUAAAAGUAUAUAUAACUUAAUUUAAAUGUGAAUAAUAUUUCCACUUACCGGAGAAAUAAAGUCGUUAUCGAACUGUCCCGAAAACUUCUCUGGAGUUCAAAUUGCCCACGCGAGCUGGCAUGGGCACGAGAGCAGACAAGGAAAAUACCAACGGAGUAUUUUUAAAACUCAUCGGGAGAAACGAAGACAAUUAAGCCUUAACAAGAAUGGAAUACAAAAAAUACAUAAACAAUGAAAACCAGUUGCCAAAAAUUCCUGCAGUCACAAAGAGGAGAUGGAAAACAAAAAAUAAAGAGUCAACAAAGAGAAAAUGCUACAAGAACUGGCUUAUACAGUCGUCAUCUGAAGUUCAGUCAUCAGAAACAGUUCUUCCAUUACCGAAAAGCUGUCUUGUGGAGGACUCAAUGGACUAUUUUCAGGAUGGACACACACAUAGCAGAAUGGACACACAUGGGCAGACACAUGACAAUGAAGAAGAAAAAAGGAAGAACAAAAAUGAAGAAAAAAUCUGUUCAGGUGCACGUAUUACAGAAACUGAGAGUGUACUUUCUGUUUUGUGCUUUGCAUUACGGCAUAAAUUAAGCAAAACUGCACUGAAUGAUUUACUUGCAUUAAUUAACUUGUAUUGUCCUGCACAUAUAAAUGCAGUCCCUGACAGCAAACAUAAGUUCUUCAAGUUCUUUGAAGGCUUUAAUGACUCGGUUGAUUUGCAAUUUUGUUGUCCAAACUGCCAGAGUUAUUUUGGUAAGGAAGUGCUUGCCCAGUGUAUGACUUGCGGCAACAUCCCUGGAGAUAAUGAAUCACUUAUUAAAAGAGGUUCUGUUUUCCUAACAAUGUCCUUAAAAAAACAAUUAGAAAAAAAGAUGGCUGAUAAAAAUUUCUGCCAGGCACUAAAUUAUAGAUGGUCUCGAACAAAACUUAGUACAGAGAAUUAUGAUAUAUAUGAAAUAUAUGAUAGUACAAUGUAUCAGUCUGUGGAAAAUUUUAAUGAUCCAUCAAAACUGAAUUUGUCUUUGUCUUGGAAUGUUGAUGGUGUGCCCAUUUUUAAAUCCUCCUCUUUUCAUAUUUGGCCUCUUCAAGUUAUAAUUAAUGAGCUUCCUCCAAAUUUAAGAAAGGAAAAUAUAUUGCUUGGUGGACUGUGGUUUGGAUCUACCAGGCCAGAUAUGAAUACUUUCCUGCAGGCAUUUGUAGAAGAAUGCACACUUCUAGAAAGGCAAGGCUUGACUUGUGAGUGGAAGGGACAAAAGACAGUGUUAUAUGUCUACAAUUUAAUGUGUGUUUGUGAUUCAGUCGCUCGUUGUUUGGUGCAAAAUGUGAAGCAGUUCAACUUGAAGUUGGCUGUAAUUGGUGUUGCCAUGAAGAAGAAGUGGUCCAAAAAGGAAAUGGUUAUGCAAGAGUGUAUGCAUUCAACCUUCCAGAACCAGAAUUACGAACACACAAUGAACACUGUGAGCAUGCAGCAUCUGUCAUCAAAUCUAAUGAUGCUGCACUGCUUGGUGUGAAAGGCCCAUCACCACUAGUGUUUUUAUCAUAUUUUAACAUGAUUUCUGGAUUUGCAUUUGACUACAUGCACUGCAUUCUUUUAGGUAUCUGCCGUCAAAUGUUUACAUUGUGGUUUGACAGCAAGUUCCAUUGUGAUGCAAAAAAAUAGAUAUGGUUGACAAUCGGAUUCUUGCUAUAAAACCACCUACUAAUAUUACAAGGGCACCACGUUCUAUUAAUGCACCAAGGUAUUGGAAAGCUUCUGAAUACAGACAUUUUAUUUUGUUCUAUGCUGUUCCUUGCUUAAAUGGAAUCUUACCAAAACAAUAUUUACAACAUUUACUACUUCUUAUUCAAGGUACAUUCAUUCUUCUGAAGGACUCAGUCUCCCCAAAGGACAUUGAUUUGGCUGAACUGUUCUUUAAAAAAUGUGUCAUUUAUUUUGAACAGUUAUAUGGCAAAUGUCAUGUGAGUUACAAUGUCCACAUUUUACUGCAUGCAUGUAAUUCAGUAAGGAAUUGGGACCCAUUGUGGUGUCAAAGUACCUUUCCUUAUGAGGGCAAUAAUGGCAGUCUACUAAAACUGUUUCAUGGCACGCAAGGUGUACCUGAACAAAUUGUUAACAUGUUUUGCUUAUACCAACAUGUCCCCAUUCUCAUGACACUUGCUUUUGUGGAGGGAUUAGAAGCCCAGAGCAAAGGUUUUGUUGAACAAAUGUUAAGGGGGUACACACUUACAAAAAAAUGUGUCCUAAAAGAUAGUGUUGUGCUCCUUGGCUAUCCACUGAUUAGAAUGCCCACACCAAGAGAAGCUCACUUAUUAAAAGAAACAGGAUUGCAAAAAGUACGUAAUUGUAAAUUCCAUAAUAGGGCAAUCAUUAAUGGAAAUCGCAUUCACACAAUAACAUGUAAAACAUUGUUUAAAAGGAUUAACUGUGCUGUGGUACUUUUGGGUGGAUCAAUUGGGAUUGUUAGAUCUUUUGUUGAUGUUGGAUAUGAGUGUAUGACAGCAUUUGCAUUUAUUAAUCCUGUUGUCACAUGUAACAGCAGCAUUGUGACAGAUAAGCAAACAGGUGCUACUGCUACUGGAAUUGUAAGGAAAGUGACUGUUUCUAAUGACAUUCAAUUGAUCAAGUGCUCAGACAUCUUGACAACAUGUGUUUAUUUAUGCAACAUCCCUGAUGUUGUUGACCAUUUUUAUUGCAUCCAACCAAAUAAGUGGGAAGUGGACUAAAGUGACAGAUCAUGAUAAAGCUGUUGGAUUCACUCUAAUUCCCAAUGAAAUUAAUAUUGAUUUUAUUCUAAGACUCUUCUUAUAAAUGACUCUUCCAUGUAUCAGCAAAACACUUAUAGGUAUUUC